AAUAUCCCCAACUCCCUGCUACUUCACAGCCGGCAGUAGUAGUGUUGCACGGCACGGUAGUCUCCUUCCUCCUUCAAGACUUGUUAUUGCUCAUCGGUCUUCACUUGGGAAACAAUCUCUGAGAUCCGGUGCUGUUUGCUGGUCGCUUCUCCUGCCGAGGAGAACUCAUGGGGCCUCCUACUUGCUAGUUUCAGGAGUAGCAAAAUGUCAGGCGCAGGACUUGAGUCUCUCGUGGAUCAGACAAUUUCAGUUAUCACAAAUGAUGGUCGUAAUAUAGUGGGAAUCUUAAAAGGCUUUGAUCAGGCCACAAAUAUCAUUCUUGAUGAAUCUCAUGAACGUGUUUACUCGACUAAGGAAGGCGUUCAGCUGCUCGUGUUGGGUUUGUAUAUAAUAAGGGGUGACAACAUAAGUAUUGUAGGGGAACUUGAUGAAGAACUUGAUUCUCUUCUCGACUUGUCCAGUCUGAGAGCUCAUCCCCUCAAGCCUGUUAUUCAUUGAUAUUGACUUUGAGAGGUGUAGACUGUAGAGCUAUUUGUAAAACUGUCCAAGGAAUUUAAACUGCAAAAGUAGUGUAAUUUUUGUUUUUCUUUCUCUACCGAGAUUGCAAUUUACACAAGGUUGUAGGUUCACUCAUGCUUCUGGACCAGUUACCGUCCAUCUUGGAACAGGAUCUAAUUCAGGCUGAAACGUUGGUUGCGAUGCAGUUUACGUUUAGAUUUGUAUUUGUGACAUUGAAUCUGCCAAGAAGCCACCACGUGUGUUUUUUUGUUGGUUA